GGCGACAGCAUAUGCUUCUGCCGGCAAGUUGAGUUCCGGGAGUUCUUUUGCGGCCACCAUUCGGUUCGAUAUGGAUCCGGUGCCCUUCCUGGACCAGUGGCAGACAACGUCGCAGUCCAUGUACUUGGCACCGCGGCGGCUGACGCACUUCGAGCUAUCCCCCGCAGCUUCGCCAGCAGGCACAGGCAGUGCGAUCACUUUUGCGGUGUCGGUAGCGGACGCAACACUGAGUGGGCAGACUCUUCCGCAGCUCGACGCCGUGUCGCAGGCCUCGGGUGUGCAGGAGGACCUUGUACUCGUGGUUCAAAAGUCGGUUGCGCUCGCGAUUUACCGCCACUCAGGACUGCGGUUUGCGCCGGAGUUCAUCGCCGUGCGACUGCCCGCGUCUGGCACCAUCACCCGUGCCCGCAGCGCUGCCACGGUGGGGGGCGUGGCCCACACGAAGGAUGUCUACACGAUUCCGGCAGGUGUGGAAAUCGCUGUUCCGAUGGACGUCGACCCCAGCCUUCUUGGGUGGGGAAGCGGGUGGCCUGCAAGCUGGGCGAGGGCCCUGCAGAACGCCGUGAAGGAGACGAUGGUGGACAAACUCACAGCCCUGCUGUCAUUGUCGGCUGCUGCAGCGCUGUCGCUGCUCGCGUCUGCCACAGACGUGGUGGCCACAGCGGACCCGAAUAGCAAUGCUGCAUUGGAGGAUAUGAUGGCGCGACCCAGUGGCAACUCGAAGUGGGCACACCGCGAGUACCUCUCCACCGAGGUACAACUCAGCGGCUUCGGGCCUUUGCAGACACUGCCCUUGAACAAUUUCAUGCUGCCGUUCGCGAAGAUCGGCCUCAGCCGUGUGAUUGCCAAGCGAUUCCCAGCCGCAGACGGGGCGAUGUCUGGUGUUGACGUCGCUGGGAAGUCUGCCAAGGUUUUCACCGGGCACUACCUGCAAGAGAAGUGCGUGACCACGGAUGCGACGACUGGUUGCCUGAAUCAGUUCAACCACACUUUCGUAGAGGAAAACGCGAAUCUGGUGCUCACGGCGGCGUUCGGUCCCGGGGAGAUAACCGCGAUGGGGGACGCAACGCAGUCGGCAAACCUGAAGAAGUACCUGGAGGGACAGACUGUUUUCGUUCCCGCUGGAGGCACCGCUAAUCUGGCUGACGAUCUCAAGAACGAGUUCGUCAGGUUUCAGUUUCCGUUUCCGGGAGUGCUGGAUGCGAGCAAGCCGAAGGCAGGAACGUGCCUCGACUACCGAACAUCGCUCACGAAAGACUACGCAAGUAUGCGCGCGGCCGGUUGGGAAAUUUCAGACUGGAAUGCAGGCACCAGCAGCGGCACGGAGGACAACCUCGUGUACCAGCCCACCAAGAACAGCAACCCGAACCACAUCCAGGAUGGGAGCAACUUUUUGAACGAUAUGCCACAAAUUUGCGCGCACCGUCCCAGUGGGAGUGGUGACAAGUUCGUAAUGGCAACUUCUGUCGCAGCCGGCGAUGGCGUUUCGGGAUACGCACCCACGUCGACACCCGAUAGACCGGACUCGCGGGACCAGAUGAACAAGGGCCCUGGCGGCGUCUGGAAGGUGACCAUGAAGGGUGGCGGCAAGCUGAAGGUUGGUUUUGCAAACUGCAGUCCCAAAACGUGGUGGAUGAACCAAGAUCCAACUGGUGGCCGCGUAGACCUGUAUAAAGACGACGCCCUCCUCAAGACUGCGUGGCCCGGCGAGCACUUCGAACUCGAAAUCGAGUUUUCGGACGGAACUGAGAUAAAAAUGCGCGGCGCCCAGGGUUUCUGGGAGCGGACAGGAUCCCCGUACCGCUCGCUACCUUACGCAAUGACCUUCACGGAGUUCAAGUACCUUUCUUGCUCUGGCUAUAGUUUCGGUGUCAAGCAACGCGCGGGGGGUGUAGCACCCGUGCCCGCGGUAGCGGCCGCAGGUGGAAAGGUCACUGAGAAUUACUUUGAGGGUGGGAUGAGCCGCGGAGCGCUGGCUGACUCAGCAGAGUUUCGGACGGUGCCCGCGACCUUUGUGGAGAUCCGCGGGACGGCCAAGGUGCGUCACACAUCCAUGGCUUCGCUGCCAGCGGAGCGGAAGUUUCUGGAGGACAAGCUCCUAACUGCACUGGAAAACUUUCUCUUGGCGCCAGACGUGGGCGCGCUACGCGAAAUCGUUUUUCAUCCAGGCGAAAAUGCUUACCUGGUUUCCGCCGAGGCUGACGCAGAUAAGUACGCUGUGCGCCUUGACACCAGCUCGGUAGCAAAUCCGACAAAGAAGCUGUUCUUUCCGCAGACGCGGUACAGCGAUCCGGACGAACGGCUGCGCGUUGAUGGUUUCGGUGGCGUUGCCCUGACGGGGCCAGCGAGUACGCUUUUUGUUGUUGGAAACUCGUCGGAGAGCACGGCGUACGAACCGCACAGCACGAUAGGCUUAUUCCACGACUACCACGCGCACCGGGAAUUCGUCUCGGUGGCUUUGCGCAACCGGAGAGGCAAGCCGUUGUCGGGUGGAGCGGUCGAAACGGGCUUUGACGUGACUCUCAUUGUGCAGUUGCGGAAUCUCCACAGCUUUCAGGUGGCGCAGGUCGUGCAUGAUUUUGGUGCGCGAUUCGCGCCUUACGUCGUAAUCCCGAAUGGGCCUAUUGCAGGAGGCUCGAGCACCGAUGUGAUCUCGGAAAUGACGCUGAGCUCCUUCACUCUAGACAGCAGCCACCCGCCAGCGGUGGCGUCAACGUCAUCCGCCGUACUCGCGCUGGUGCUGGAAACUCAUCCGGACAACGCGAACAGCACUCACGUCGCCGAGAUCUUGCUGGCGGAGAACCGCAACGACGCCAGUGACCUAAGUGCUGGGUAUGCCACUUUCUCGAACAAAUUGGGCAAGGCGGUGUCGAGGGCGAUCCGCCAGAUACUUCCACCGGAAGAACACGAUAUCUCGUCGGGCAUGGUCUACACGCACCUGCUCUCUGUGGAGGAGGCUACCACCGCCACUUCGGGUGGUCCGGCCAAGGUGUUCAAGUGCCAAGUGGCGUUGUCCGUGCCAGGCGAAGGAGUGCGCUCCGCUCUCUUUGAUAACGGUGUGGUCCCUGCGUUCGGGCUUGCCAACCUGGCGAAGAAGGAGGUGGAAGAAUCAUUCUUCGGUCGCAAAAGCGAUGGGAGCUUCGGCUCAGGUGCUGACUAUGUGGCACCCCCGAGUUCCACUGUGUUUCCCUUCGCAGAGAUGCAGUCGCAGAGCGGGGCAGUUUAUUCGAGGGCCCGCAGUGAUGUCUUUGCCGACGCGGAGUUAUUACUGUCAACUUCUGGCUCAGGCUUCAGCUCGUUUUCAGGGGUACCGGCGUCUUUUCACCCAUAUUUGAACGUGAGCACCAUGGCGUCAGCCGCAGAUCUUGCGUCGGCCGGAACGGUUUUCCAGGGCAAAGCGCUUACGAUUAAGGUAGGUAGCACGCAGCAUGUGUGGCCAUUCUCAUCCGUCGAUGCAGGCCGCAAUAAGGUAAACCUUUUUGCGGGUCGCGUGGCCCAGGCGGUUGCCAGCGCCCUCUCGCGAACGUUGUACGAGAGCGACUACGAUGCUGCGGCGAUCGCUGACACGAAUAGCCACUCGUAUUUGGGAAAAGACUACUCGGGUUGGCGGCGUAACGACGUUUACACUCAAGUUUCCUCGGUGGACACCGCCAACAGCCGCGUCGUGACGCGCGUGAUCGCCGGCCUCGACACCGCAAAGGCAUCGAGUGGGCUGCUCACGAGUUUCAAGAAGGCGCUUUCCGGUGGAGCGUCGACGACUGAGAGCACGAACUUCUUGUCAUACCUGAAACCACGCGUGACCGCGAUGCAAGCGGUCCAAGGAGAUCCGGCCACUUUGCUGACAGCAACUCUCAAUCGCGACGCCCGCUCCUCUGCCGGUUCGCCUGCGGCAGCUACGGUGAAGAACAGCGUGACGGACUCAGCGCGGUCGCAGCCUGUUUUUGUGGAGGUGCGCGUGGGCGUGAAACUAACCACGACAAGUGGUGUCACGUAUACAGGUGUGGAGUCAUCUAAGAGCACGCCAACAGUGCGCGAGGGUGUACUGAGCAGCCUCGCCACCGCGUUGAAAACUGUGGCCUUACAGACGGUCCAGGCACUGCCGAGUGCGGAUGAGGUAGCACCUAUCUCGGAGCACGACGUCUUUGCCGUAGUGCGUACAGAGGAUACCUACAACGCGCUGAACAAGGACACGCGUCGCGUCCUUUUCGCGGUCACUUUUGCGACUGAGGCACGCGACGGCUCAGGUGUCACUGCAAGCAGCCUGCUGAAGACUUUCAACAGGCACAAUGCGAACGGCAUCACACAUGCGAAGGUAGUGACUGCCUUGGGUGGCUCGGCGACGCUCGACAGCGCCUGGGACUUGGCUUCACUGCAGGUCCUGGGCGCAACGCCCACGAGCUACACGCAGGUGCUGGGGCUUGUGCGCUUUAGCGGAGCACUGAGCUCUGUUAGCGGCAACAACCUGAACAGCAUCCGUUGGAUGCUCAAGCAGGCGGCGUCUGCGGCACUUGCCAAAGCGGCAGAGGUUCGCUUCGAUGCUCGCCAAAUCGGCGUUGCGGUACUCAACAUGGAGAACGCCAGCGCCACUUCUCUCGUUUUCGUCCUGGCAGUACCGAACACCAAUGGCAUGAUGGUGCAUUGGCUGAUGCACGUGCCCGAUGUGUUCGCUUCGAAGUGGAUGGGGCCUGAGAUGGGUGCGGCACUGACCGCUGCGAGUGAAACAGCGACCCUGGCGGAACUGAAGCUGCAAAACCCAAAGCACCCGAAGAUGGCCACGGGAGUCCUCGCCAAGAGCGGUUUUGGGAGCGGCUUCGCGCCUCAGCAGCACGUACUCGGUGGAGACUACGUGAUGGGCACCGCGUUGGCAAGCACUGA